UGGUGGUGGCGGUGCUAAGGAGAGGGCACAGCUUCGGCACCCUCGACGCUGUCAAGGAGGAGCUCGCGCACGCCGCCAAGAUGCUUAUACCCUUCGGCACCCUCGACGCUGUCAAGAAGGAGCUCGCGCACGCCGCCAAGAUGCUUAUACCUGUCAUAGCGAUCUUCUGGUCGUCAGGAGAGGAUACAGCUUUGGCACUCGUCGCUGUCAAAGGGGAGCUCGCGCACGCCGUCAAGAUGCUCAUACUCUACGGGUUCUCCGGAAUGCAGCGUUUGAUGGUUGCGGUGCUAAGGAAAGGACACAGCUUCGGCAUCCUCGGCUUUGAAUUAGAUGGAGGAGAAAAUCGUCGAGAGCCAAGCCUCGAAUUUUUAUAGGGGGAUACAUAGUGGAGGAUGUCGACGUAGAGGCACACACGCAUCGCCGGCUCAUAUUCCUCGACAACCAGUUCCUGGUGCAGUCAGAGGCGAGACUCAAGGAAGUGAGAAAAAAGAACAUCACCAAACUAGUGGUCGACUUCGGUCACAUGUCGUUAUAUCACACGUUUAUAUGCGCCGGAGUGGAAUUAUCGAAGAGGAAAUCUAACGAAGCGAGCCGGGUGGCAGUACUAGGCUUGGGGGGUGGUGGAUUGUGCAUGUUCCUGAGGAAAUGUUACGAAGAUGUCAAGAUUACUGCUGUGGAUAUUGACCCGGAGAUGUUGAAUGUGGCUAAAGAAUACUUCCAACUGGUCACCGAUGACAGAUUGGAGGUGCAGAUCAAAGAUGGCAUGGAUUUCUUGAAGUAUGAAGCUGAUGCAGGUAUGUUAUGGAUACCAAAAGUUCUGGGUAAAUUUUACGAGAAAAAAAAACACGCUAAUAAGGCAGCAGACGGGACUCGAACCCGCACCCUGCGCUAUCUGGGCGGAUGCACUGACCAUUAUGCUACCGCAGCCUUAUAA